AUGGUCAAUGUGUGGGCCACGAUGGUGGCCCGCAAGGACAGCAAUGUGAAGCCCAUUAGAACACAGAGCAGACGAGGGGAUGUGCUGGCCAACCUGGACGCCAUCCCCUUCACACCGUCGCAAGGCGUGUGCACGCCGAGCCCCACCAACAUAGCGGCGAUGUGGGUGCCACACCCCUUCUUCCACCAGCACGCCUGGGGCUCCAUGGGCGCCAACUACGCCGGCAGCCCCGGCCGCAGCAGCGGCGGCUCUGACAGCAGCAUGAUGCAUGGAGGCGCCUCGCAGCCUGGCACCCCCGGCAGCGGCGCCAUGUAUGCCCAUGGCGGGCCCUCUAUGGUCUGGAGCGGCUUCUGCCAGCCCAUGCCCAACAGCCCCACCGCGCUGCAAAUCGCGGCGGCCUCUGGGGCCCUAGGCUCCGACCCCAGCACCCCCGUGCGCGGCGUGCGCCGCUCCAGCUCGGGCGGCGGCGGCAGCGGCGGCGGCGCGGCCGGCGGGCCCUUCCUCGCUGUGAUGCCGGGGAGCCCAAUGAUGGCCAGCCCCGGCCAGAUGAUGUUUGCGCAGUACUUUGGCGGCAUGGGCGGUAGCACCAGGUCGCUUUCGCCGCCCGAGAGCAAGGACAGCAGCGGGUCUGGGGAUGAGGGCGAGGCCUCAGACGGCAUGAGCAGCGCCGGCAGCGGCAGCCUGGAGGUCUCAGAUGCGGCGCACCAGAUUGCCUCUGCCAUGUGCGCCGCGCAACAGCUACCAGGGGAGCCGCCGCAGCAGCUGCUGGAGCUGGCCUCGCUGCUUCAUGCCUAUGGACUGGUGUCUGCGGUGCCGGCCUUCCCGCCCGCCCCGCCCACGGGCCCCUCUGCGCCGCUGUCCCCCGACUCCCGCCGCCAGCAGGCGCGCCAGCGCCAGAAGACCGCGCCCAAGCUCAACCAGGACGGCUCGGUGCGGCUGAAUGCGCGGCAGCGGCGCACGCUGCGCCGGGCCCAGGAGCGGGCCAUGAAGGCGCUGCUGGAGGCGCAGACCAAGGCGCACGGCAUCACGGCCGAGCAGGCCGCUAGCAACCUGGCCUCCAUCGGUGUGGCCAGCAUGCUGCUGGGCAGCCCGCCGCCCGCGGCGGCCCCCAUGCACAGCCCGCUGCACGCGCCCUACAUGGCGGCGCCCAUGGCCAUGCCAGCUGGCGCCAUGGGGCUGCCGAUGAUGGGCUCGCCACACGAGUAUGGCAUGAUGCAAGGCAUGGCAGCAGCUGCCAUGGCGCAGCACCAGGCCGCGGCGAGCUACGACGCCGCAGCAGCCGCAGGGUUCGGCAUGUCGAUGGGGGCGGGCGCCGAGGCGGGCAUGCAGAUGGCGGGCAUGCCGAUGCCCGUGCCCAUGCAUGGCACGCCGCCGCCGCAGCGCUACGCGGGCAGCCGGCUGGGCCCCGGGGCCUACAGCGGCGGCACGCAGCGCAGUGGCGGCUACCGGGGCACCCCUGGCAGCGGCCGCAUGAGCCGCUUUGCGCCGCCGGAUGCCGUGGCUGCCUUCUGA